AUGUCUUCGCAACAAAGACUUACAAACGUCUUCAGUUCAAGUUCCAUUAUCCGUGCAUUUCAGAUCGAUGCGUCGCAUCAAAAUAAUUCCGUUGUUCAUUAUUUGUCAGAAAAAUGCUUAAAACGCAAUUUCGAAAAAAAUAUCAAACAAUAUGUGCCUCGAUUCAAUGUAUAUUUCUUAAAACGAACUUUUUUUCACUCUACUAUUUGGAAUGCCAGUAAUAAAUUAGAUUUUACAGUAAAAGAUCAAAGUGAAUUGAACGACGAGUCAGACUUGUGUGAAAAGAAAAAAUUAGUGAAAGUCGCGAUUUUGGGUCUACCCAAUGCUGGAAAAAGUACAUUAGUGAAUAAACUCAUACACAGAUCUGUAUGUCCAACAUCUUCAAAAGUCCAUACAACGAUGCACAAAGCUGAAGCAAUAUAUACAAAAAAUGAUACUCAAAUUGUAUUUAUGGAUACCCCCGGAUUAGUAGUGCCUAAAGAAAUAAAAUCCUAUAAACUAUCAGAAGCAUUCAAAAACGAUCCCAAAGAUGCAGUCACUGAAGCAGAUGUUAUUGGAAUAGUACAGGAUGUAACUAAUGUAUAUACUAGACAUAAGAUUGAUGAUUAUGUUCUUGACUACAUAAAAAAUAAGAGAGAAGAUACAGAGCUAUUAAUAAUUUUGAAUAAAGUAGACAGGUUGAAAAAGAAGACAGCAUUGUUGGAGAUUACAAGAAUAUUAACAAACAAGGAGGAUUAUCCAAAAUUUGAUGAUGUUUUUAUGGUAUCUGCACUUAAUGGAGAUGGAGUAGAUGAUUUAAGGAAUUAUUUGCUCGAUUCAGCCAAAGUAAGUAAUUGGAAAUAUGACAAGAAAUUUUAUAGUAAUCAAUCAAUUGAAACUAUAAUGGAAGAAACUGUUAGAGCUAAAUUAAUGGACAUGCUUCCAUAUGAAAUGCCAUAUAAAAUAAAAAUAAUAACAGAUCAUUUUGAUUUUGGUGAUGAUGGUAGUAUUAAUGCUUUUGUAACAUUAAAUUGCCCUAGAGAAAACUACAUAAAAAUUUUAUUGAAGGGUAAAGUUAAGUGCUUAGCAUUUUACGUGCAAAAAGAAUUACGUCAUGCAUUUAGAACUACUGUAAUUGUUCGUAUAAAUGUACAAUGUAUAAAGUCUGUAUUAAAUCAAUAAGAUUAUGAAUUUAUGAAUGGUAUUUGUUUUUUCUAUAUAUUAUAAUUUAAUAUAAUUUAUUUGAUACAUUUAAAAUAUAUAAUUAUGUAUAAAUACAUAAAAUAUAUUAUUAAUACAAAUAUUUAGAAUAAACAAAUAUAAUAUUUGAUUUCACAAAAUUUUCUAGUAUUUUGUAAAAAAUAUUGAAAAAUAUUAUUAAAUAAAUUUUAUCAUUUAUAGUUACCAUUAAUGUUAAAAUACGGAAAAGUGAGAUCUGUUUCCUUUAGAUUUUCUUCGAUCCAUUUAUUGGCUUUGGCAUUAAGCUCUUCUGUGAACAUAUCUUUCCAUCCACCACUUCCACCCUUUCUAAUAAAUAUUCCUGCUUUUAUCAGACCACAUUCUUUUAAUUCUGAUGAAUUUACCAUUGGAUUAUCACGAAAAUUUUUUAUAUUUAAAUACUCUGCUAAUUUUUUCAUUUGUUCUUCAGUAUACGUUUUUCCAAGAAAUUUAGUAAUCUUUUCAAUUGCUUUCAGAAAAUCCUAAAAAUAUAUGAAUAAGUGAAAUUUUAGAAAACGUUCAAUCUUCUUCAAAUAUUAUAUUUUGACUUACAUGAUUCAUUUCUUCAUAAAACAUGAAUAAAAAGUUUGGAUUAUUUCUGUUUGCCCAUGCUUCUUUCAAAUGUUCCCAAUAUGGACUCCAGUGUGCUAAAAAAAAUUAUAAAUCAUAAUUUAUGUACUAUAAGAUGUUUCAAUCUUGUGUUUCUUAAUUUAUAUGUGUGUAUUUUAAACUUAAUACUUACUGAGAUUAUUUUGAAAGAGAUUCCAAAAUGUUGGAAAAUCACCUAUGUAA